AUGGCUCUGCCUCGGGGGCUGGCGGGGGCACCGACGGGGCCCCAGCCGCGCCUCCCGCUCCUGUGGACUCGGCCGAGGAGCUACGAGUGCUUCGCAAGCGGCUCGAGCGGGUCGAGGCUCAAGCCGCCCAGCCGCACCCGACGGGGGACCCCCCACCGGGAGGCGGCGGACGACGUGGGCGGCGGUGGUCACCGCGGCCCCCCCCGCCUCGGCGGCGGCGUCGGUCGCGACGAUGCUGUCGGCGAGCUGUUCGGCGGCCACAAGCUUGCCUGCGACUACGACAGCGACAACCCCUUCGAGCGGAAGCGCGGACUGCAGCUGCGGACCUCGCACUACGCACCAGCGGCGGCGGGCGACACCGUGCACGCAGAGCUGCACCGCAAGCUCGGGGCCGCGAACCAACGAGAGGUGUGCACCCUCCUUCCCUCCCUCUCGUACAUGUACGACCUGCACACGCACCUCGAGCGGCUCGAGGUCGCGAUUGGCGACGAGCGAGAUGAUCCCGGAGAUGCCCGCAGGGCGCUGCGGCUCGUGCACGAGCAGGCGGCCGAGUUCGACCCGCUCUACGGCAAUGAGCGGUCGCAGAGCGGCGCCCGCUCCCUGCUCGGACAGCGGCUCCACGAGUCCCGCGUGUCCCGCCGCCACACCCGCCUCGGCAGCGCGGUCGCCUCCGCCGACAGUGCCCGGCUCAAGCCCAAGCCCCCCGGCGCGUCCAAGCGGGUCGGCCGCCUGGGCGGCGGCGGCGGCGGUGACGGUGGCGGAGGUGGGCACGACAGUAGCGGCAGCAGCCGGCGGGGCGGCGGCGACAGCGGCGGCAGCGGCGGCGGCGGCGGCAACGGCAGCAGCGGCGACCGCCGCAGCGGCGACGGCGGCGGGAGCGGCCAGCGCGGCGGUGGCCAGCGCGAUGGCGACGCCCGUGGCCAGCGCGAUGGCGGGGUUUCCGGACGCGGCGGCGGCGGCCGGGGCGGCGGCCGCGGCGGAGGUCUCAAGACACACCGCGAUCGGGUCCGCUCGAGGCUCUCCGCCUGGCGGGACAUCGGCGCGAGCCGGCAGACGCUGCGCUGGCUCGGCGAGGGCGUGCGCGUGCCGUGGAACGAGAGGGGACCACCUCUCCCGCUCCACCACGGCGUGGGCAGCUUCUCGCCGGACGAGCGAGCGUGGCUGACGCUGGAACGCGAUCGCUGUCUCGGCACAGGCGCGUGGCGCCGGGCGACUCGCUGCGACUACGUCUCGCGAGCCUUCGUGGUGUGGCACAAGGGCAAGCCGCGCCUCGUGAUCGACUUGCGGUGGGUGAACGAGCACGUGGAGAAGCGCAGCUGCAAGUUCGAGUCGCUGGCGACGCUACGGCGGCUCGCGAGGCUCCACGACUUCAUGUUCUCGCUCGACCUGACCGACGCCUACCACCACAUCGGCGUGCACGAGUCGGACGUCGACUACUUCACCUUCGCGGUCGAGACGGAGGCCGGCGUGGAGUACUUCUCACCCCCGCGCUCAACUUCGGCUGGACUCUCUCUCCGUGGGUCUUCACCCAGGCUGCGCGACGUGGUGCGCUAUCUGCGCAACCCGGAUGCGGCGGCCAGGCCGCGCUACGGGCAGCGGCGGCGCCACUCGGGCGUGCACCGCGGCGUGCGGACGCUCCCGUGGCUCGACGACUUCGCUUUCUUCGUACGGGGCGUGCGGGCGGACCACCCGGAGUACGGCGCGAUGCUGGAGGCGGCUCGCGCCGAGAGCAUGCGUGCUUCUGUCGCAAAGAGCUGCAUGCCACCGAAAGCGCUGUCGAGGUUCGCCGAGCGCGGCGCAGGUUGA